UUUUUCUGCCUUCGCGUUUUUUCGUCUUUGCCCUUCUUGUCCCAGUCUGCCCUCCGUACCGUGAGAGGCGUUAACAGCGGAUAAGACUCCGGUGUUGUUGUGGAGAUUAGGUUCUUAUUGCCGAUACCCAGCGGCUCAAUUCACAACUAUCAGCCGGACUACCAGAGCUAGCGGCGGCUACAGCGGAGCAGCGGCCCGUCCGAGCAGCCGGAGGCGGUGUGUCUCUGGCAGCAGUGUGUGGGUCAGGUGGCUCCAGUCAGACACCAUGAGCUCUAAGGGAGGCGGCACCGCUCUGACCCGCCGUAACUACAGGCUGGCGUCAGACAUGGACAAGCCGAGAUCCACAGGUAUCGUGAACGAGAAGCUGCUGAGCGACUACCUACACCAUGUGUUUCCCUCCACCAAACAGGGACCCACAGUGGCCUCGCUCAGGAAACCUCUGGGUUUCCAGGAUCUACCUGCUCACCUGGAGAAGCUGCUGUCUGAGGACACGCCUACCGAGGACGGUCAGGCUGUGGACGGUCGUCUGGGUCCUCAGCCCGUUGUCCUCGAUCACACCAGCGGCUUUGAAGGGCUCCUGUUUGUAGACGACGACCUGCUGGGGGUCAUCGGCCACAGCAACUUCAGCUCCAUCCGAGCGACCACCUGUGUUUAUAAAGGGAAGUGGGCCUACGAGGUGCUGAUCUCCUCUCAGGGUCUGAUGCAGAUAGGCUGGUGUACCCUCAGCUGUCGCUUCAAUCAGGAGGAGGGUGUAGGUGACACGCCAGACUCGUACGCUUACGACGGAAACAGAGUGAGAAAGUGGAACGUGACGACGACAAACUACGGAAAGUCGUGGGCAGCAGGAGACAUCGUGAGCUGUCUGAUAGACCUGGAUGAAGGAACCAUCACGUUCUGCCUGUGAGUUCCUCUGUCCUUUCCUUCCCUCCUUUCCUCCGUUUGGUCGUCUUUUUACAUCUUUGGUCCAAACCGAGAACUUCUGAUCAUCAACCCCACGUACCCCGUGGACGGCUACCUGCCCCUCCAGAACCCUCCAGCUGCAGACCUGAUGAAGGCCCACAAACUGCUGGGCUACAUCAAGAACGUCCUGUCCACCGCCAUCGACGCUCAGGAGGAGAGGCUGGUGGAGAAGGACUGCGCCGUGUGGAGGCUUCACGGAGAACCCACCGUCCUCGUCACUCUGGCUCACAUCUUUAACCACUUUGCUCCACUCAUGUGUAAGGUGUAUCUGGUGGAGGACGUGCUGAUGAACUUCCUGCUGGGGAUUCUGGAGGGAGGAGGUUCGGUGGACGAACACCCGCUCAUCCAGCAGCUGCUCGACCUCUUCUGGCUGCUGAUGGAGGGUAACGGCAAACACGCACAGAAAUGCAAGACGUGUAAACAGAAGAAGAACCGGGACGCGCUCAGCUCCGCCUCGUGUCCGACUGUACAGCUGCGUUUUCAUCAUGACUUCCUGUUUCGAGCUAAAGUCACACCAAAACACGAAACGCAGACCACCCACCUGUCUCCUCUGACCUCUGACCUCUGUUCUCCUGCAGUGGUGGAGGAGUUGCAGGUUCAGAUCCUGAGGCUGCUGCUCAAUAACAAGGACAAGAGCACGGGGGAAGCAUCGCGCUACAUUUUCCUCAACAAGUUCAGGAAGUUCCUGCAGGAAAACGCCAGCAACAGAGGGCACCCCACGGCUCUGUGUCCGCCUGAGUACAUGGUGUGUUUCCUGCACCGCCUCAUCACAGCGGUCAGAGGCUGCUGGGACGAAGGACAGCGCAAGAGUCCGAGCAGCGUGAGCAGCGACGGUACGACACGCUGUGCUACACAAUUAAUGAUGGCGUGUCUGUUUCAGAGGGCCGACAUCCUGGAGGAGCUGCAGAAGAGCCAGAAGGUUUUUGCAGAGAAGCUGAACCACCUGAGCAGGAGGCUGGCCUGGAUCAACGCCACCAUCUACUCCAAGGAGAAGAUGCUGGACAUCUACUGGCUGCUGUGUGUCUGCAUCCGCACCAUCGAGCACGCCGACAACACCGGCUCUCUGUUCGCCUUCACAUCAGAGUUCUACCUCAACGUCGCCAUGAACGCGUACAGCGCCCUGAAGAACUACUUCAGCCCGGCUAACGGCAUGGACGAGCUGCCCGGCUACGAGGAAACUCUGACUCAGCUCGCCGCCAUCCUCGCGAAGCACUUUGCAGAUCCACGCAUCGUUGGGACAGAUAUCAAAGACUCUCUGAUGCAGGCGCUGGCCAGCUACGUCUGUUACCCACAAUCCCUCAGGGCAGUGGAGAGGAUCCCGGAGGAGCAUUUGACUGAGAGGAGCCGUCUCCCUGCAGCUCUGCUGACCUUCAUCCUCUCUCUUCCUCAGGGUUGUGGUUUUGGCUACAGAUACACUCGCCUCCCUCAUCUCCUGAAAACCAAACCAGAGGACGCCAACCUGCCCAGUCUGCAGAAGCCGUGUCCGUCGUUGCUGCUGCAGAGACACAUGGCGGAGCUGCUCAGCAUGGAUAAAGACAUGGCCGCCUCUUUCCUCAACAGCGUCCUGAACCAACUCAACUGGGCCUUCUCCGAGUUCAUCGGCAUGAUCCAGGAGGUAAGAACAACCAGCAGAGACCUGGAGAGCAGCUGUCACCAGGACACUCAGUCCAAGGAGCUGCAGCUCCAGCUGUCACCUGUCCGGAAGCUUCGCUGCUGUGACUCUACGAGUUUCCAUCGCCUCCUCUGCUCGCCACAGAGCGCUCACGCUGUUGUCGCCUACAUGUACACCGGGAAUAACGAUGCUAAUGCUAGUUAG